AUGGUCAAUUUAAUGAAGAAACAGUCGCCGCUAUCUCCGGAAAAGCUUGACGAUACAUUCGCAGAGACCGACUAUAUAAUUGACGAAGAGAAAGGUCUUCGUAGAGUUAGACCUUAUUUCUUCACUCAUCAUAAGUUCGCGCUGAAGAGAUGGCUUGGCAUGUCUGUUUUUGAUAUGAUGAUGAAAGAGUUCAGUCUUCAUAUUUCAACGCCUGAAAAGUUAAAUGAAACGGCAGAGCGAGGCUACAUGCUUUUAAACAUGGAAAAGAUCAACGCUUCGGAGCUCAAAGAAAGGAUCAUCAAAGACGGGGAUAUGAUUUCAACGAAGGACCAUCGCCACGAGCCUCCAAUUAGAAUCGAAUUGCCAACAGUCAUCGCCGAUACUGACGAGUUCUACGUCGUGAAAAAACCAUCAAGCGUCCCAAUUCAUCCUGUAGCACAGUACCGACACAACUCACUGAUCUUCUUAAUUGCCCGAGAAUAUAAAGUGAACUACCACGUCAUUCACAGACUAGAUAGACUCACUUCUGGGCUCGUUAUUUUUGCCAAAACGAAAGAAGUGGCAAAGCGCGUAAGCAAAGAAAUAUCUGACAGAGUUGUUCAAAAACAGUAUCUGCUGAGAGUCGUUGGGAAGUUUCCUGAAAAGGCAACGUGCGAAGAGAGCUUGUUUGAAAUCUCUGCGAAGAAGGGUAUUUACAGAGUAGCAAAGGAUGGCGAUGACGAGAAAAAAGUAAAGACUGCUUUGACAAACUUCGAGCUUGUUGAAUUUUUCGAAGAUAGCAACGAAAGUCUUGUUCGUGCAAUGCCAAAGACUGGUAGAACACAUCAAAUUCGCGUUCAUACUCAGUAUUUGGGCUUCCCGAUCAUCAACGACCCGGUUUACAAUGAUCCUCUGUUUGGGAAAGAACGAUUUUGGAACGACAACAAAGAGAAGAUAUCACAGAAGAUAUUGGGGACCAAAAGUGAUAAAUGCAGGAACACUCCUGCUGAUCCCAAUCAACACGACCUGAUCCUCUAUCUUCACGCUCAAAAAUACUCUGGCCCGAACUGGAGCUUCGAAACACCGCUCCCUUUCUGGGCUGAGCGCGACUUCAAAACUCCUGAAUAUUACAAGAAAUACCUUCUGUAG